GGGUCUCUUUGUGUUAUAUAGUUCACGUGAAUAGUUUAUUCAGACUUGUAGUUGAACGUCAUAGCGUCUGUAGUCUGUGCCGAAGCUUCACUCAGUCCUCUCUAUCCCUAUACAGAAUACUCUUUACCAUGGGUAAGUGUUUUAUUUCUGAUUUUAUAAAUUGAAAUUGUUAAGUAAAAUUAUGCAAACCGUUUGAAAUGGUAGAUAAGUGAAGUUUUUAGGUGCUCCCAAUUGUUGAACUUGUAAAUUUAAGUUUUUGUGUCAAACUUGGUCGACGAAUGCAGGCCACCGGCUUCUUUCUUCUUUAGCCAUCUUGGUUUGCGUUUCGGGCGCGCUUUUAACAGAGAAACAUAGUGGGCCUAUAUUUCCUCUACAUUUUACUGUUCUGAUACACUGCACUAAAACUAUUACUGUUAGAUAGAGAAAUGAAUGUAAAUGUGGAAGGAAAUAUUAUUAAUGUAAUAUUAUUUGAGGAAAGGUGUAAUAAAAUGAUUUAUUUAUGAAAAAUCAAUGGGUUUGCAAACAGUUUUUCUUUGUUCCAAGGUCGGCCGGGAAUCAAGAGAAAAGUGUUGUCUUUUUUCAAAGCGGUCGUAUGGCCGCAAGUUUGAAAGAUGGCGCUUUUUUUUUUGUGUGCAUAAUAUGAAUUGAACAUUUUCUUUAGGUUUUUGCUGUUCUGAUUUGUUAAAUUUAAAUAGUUAUUUUAUUCAAAGCUGCACUUGGAGUAGGAUAGCUUAAUUUUAUAAUUAUUUAUACUCCCUGCAACAGACCAUGCCAUAUUUAGGCUAGUGAUCCAUUCCAACCUACUCAUAAUUAUUUCAAAAUCCCACUUUUCAUUUCAACAUUAGUUUGUUAGGUAAAUUUGUCGUUCAUUUUGAUUUGAUCAUUUUUUUUCAAACCAUGCUGAUGCUACCUGGUGUGUCAAAAUGGGUCAAUUUUUUCCCCCUUCUUAGGCUGCAGCUUAGUUUUACUUUGCCCCAAUUUCUUCAACUUUAAUUACUAUCAGUAGUCAGUAACUCUGAUACAAUCAUACAUAACUAUCACAUUAUUUUGGCUCUAGACCUGGUUGAGAUCAGUUAAGUUUCUUUUUCAAAUUGAGGGAUGUGCUGCCCUAUUUUAAAUUUAAACUGCAUGAAAUGGGUGAUCAUAAACAUACUUAGUUUGUUAGGAAUAGGAGAAUCUUGGGUGGCCCAAAAGUGCUAACAAUAAUCACUAGUCAAGCAGGCAGGUGGAGUGAUAUUUUACAAGGCAGUAGGCUUGAGAGUUCCUUUCAUAGCCUGGACUUCCAAUUUUACCAUUUACGUCUACAAGACCUGCACCUCCAUGCAUAUGCUUGACACUAAAUUUCUUCCAUUUUCAGACUCUAAACGUAAGCAAGCCAGUGUCCUAAACUUCUAACAUCUGGAAUCUUUGUAACAGGAUCCAGAAAUUGCUGUUUCUUGCCAUUUCCAUGAGUUUAAAUUUUAAUCUGGCCACGAAGCAUUGACACUUAAUUUUCUUCCAUUUUCAGAGCACAACUGAACUUACUUUAUUAACUUCUAGGGGGUGGGGAAAGUUUGUAGAUAUUCUCUGGUCUCCUUUGUUAUAGUUAAGCCAAAACUAUCGUUUUAUAAGAUUCUUAUGAUGUCAGUAAUAGGUAUCUCGGGGCCUUGGUCUUGUAUCCUUCUGAACCAAUGCUUCUGUAAGAUGUCUGUAAUAGGAUCAGUUAGCUUAUUUGAUUAUGUGAAGAAACUUGUGUGUUUAAGUUUUCAGCCAUUAGUUUUAUUUACUUAAUUUGUUACAUUGUUGAGGCUCAUCAAAUGUGAGUCUUGUAUUUUUGAGUUAUUGUGGAAACAGAUGACAAAGUUUUGUCUUAUCUCAUUCUGGACUGUUUUGGGGUUGUUAACUUUGGUGAUGAUAAAGUUUAUUUUUCAAAUUCUAAAAUUGUUGCGUUUUUAAAUGUGGUACAUUAAAGGGAGAGAAUACGUUUCGAUAUAAUGGAAUUGUGCUUUUACUUUUUACUCCCCUUUUUAUUUUACACUUGGGGUGUAGUUUUUUUUUAUUAUUUAAAUUAUUUUCUGCUUGCCAGGUCGCCCAAAGGGAUCUCUAGGAAAAAAUUCCAAAAAGAAGGUCAAGGAUGCCAAUAAGCCAAAGCGGGCAACAUCUGCAUACUUCUACUUUCUUGCCCAGUGUCGUAAGGAAGCAGCUAAAGCUGGGAAAGCCCCAACCAAGGUAGCAUAGUUUAAAAAUGUUUCUUAAUACUUGUUGCAUUUUUAUAGGUACUUUUUCAAACAGGUUAAUUAUCAUAGAUCUAUUCAAUUGUUGCUAUGUUUUUUAACAAAAUAUAUUUUUUCUUCAGAUUGCAGAAUUCACCAAGGAGGCUUCUGAAAAAUGGAGGUCUCUUACCACUGACAAGAAAAAGCCAUUUGAGGCUGCUGCAGCUGAUGACAAAAAACGAUAUGAACAAGAGGUGUGUAUUGGCUUAAUUUUAUAUAUAUAUGUGUGUGUGUGUGUGCCUUUUUAUUAUUUAUCUUUUAUCUCCUGUCAUUUCUUUCCGGCUUUUUACCAUUACCUUCAGUUAUCCCAUUGGGCAUUCAAAUGUAUAUGUAUGGCUUCAUCUGUAAGUUAAUUUUUUAAAGUGUUUUUAUAUAAAUUUUUUCCAGAUGGCAGCAUACAAGGGCAAGACUGUUGAUCCCAACAAACCUAAAAGACCCCCCACAGCCUAUUUCUUGUUUUUGGCAGAUUUCCGUAUUCGUAUGGCAAACAAAGGCAUUGAGCACAAAGAGUUGUUAAAAAUGGGUGAGUGUUUCCCUACAUCUACAUGUCAGUUUUAUAUAAGGAAGAUAUACAACAGGCUUUUAAUAUUAAAAAUGUAUGAGGUUUGUGCCAGUACUGAUUUAUUUUGCGACAUGUUGAGCUAAAUACAUGUAUUAAUAUGUUUAUGUCUCAUUGAUUAGCUGGUGAAGAAUGGAGGGCAUUGAGCAAUGAGGAUAAGAAGCCAUAUGAAAAGCGAGCAUUGGAGGAAUCCAAGAAGUAUGAAUCUGCAAUGACAGACUACAGAAAGGUAAGUUAG